AUGAGCUGGUUACGAGAACUGCCGGCUCUCCGCGGUGGGAUGGUGAGCGCAUCUCCAUCCUGGCCUAUAUUCGAGAGCGAGAGAGAAGGGAGACAAGACUUCGAGGCCGGAACGGAGCAGUUCUUCAACAGUCACUCCCUGGCAUGGAUGCUGGAGAUAACCAGCCAGCGGACUGAUGUCAUCACUGCUGCUUAUCAUUGUCUCCCUACUGCGCUUCUGCUUCAUCUCCUUGUACCAACUUCUCCCUUCCGCUGCCACAUCUACAUAUCUACCCCUGCUUCUGCAUCGCCGCCAGAAAGACCAGAAUCAUGGCUGAAGGCCGUCCAGCUAGGCUCAGGCACCAACAUCGACUCCCACACGCCCACUCCCCGCGGCGGCGUCCGUCUGAACAAGAUCGCCGAGUCCUGGGAAGACGAAGACCUCUCCUCCGAAGACGAAGCUAGUGAUGCAGAAACAACCAUCACUGCUCCCCCGGCUGAGCCCAGCACCCACCAGCAGGGCGAGCAUCACCACCAGCACCAGGUCGGCCGCAGCGGCAUCCGCGCGCCUCCUCCAACUCCCAACGUGUCUCGCCAGUCCAGCUGCCGCUCUACCACCAGCAGUGCAUCGUGUACCUCUUCAGGCUACUCUAAGCGUCCCGAGAAACAGAUUGCAGUGGCCACCAGGAUGAUUGGCAACGCGCUGGGUCACCGAGUGGCCAGAUCUGAUAGCCAGAAGGAAUAUGACCGCACUGUGAUUGCAAAUGAGAAGAAGCGGCGCGAGAAGGAGAAGCUCGCUGAGGAGCAGAAGCGAGAGGAGGAAGAGAAGGCAAAGGCCGCUAUCUGGGAUGAGUGA